AGUCCGCCCGGGCGCCCAGCCUUCGGGCCGGAGACGCUCCAGACCAGCAACUACUCCCUGGUGCUGCUGAUUCAGUUCAGCCUGCUCUCCUUCGACCUGUUUGUCAACUCGUUCAGUGAACUGCUGAGGACUGAGCCGGCCGCGCAGCUGGUGCUUUUCAUAAUCCAGGACAUUUCCAUCCUGUUUAACGUGAUCAUCAUUCUGCUGAUGCUGUUUAACACCUUCGUGUUCCAGGUCGGCCUGGUCGCCAUAUUGCUAGAGCGGUUUAGAAUGCUGCUAAUGCUCUCUGCUCUCUACCUGACCUUCAGCAUCAUACUCCACUCCUGGCUUAUGAAUCUGCGUUGGCAGAAUACCAACAGAUUUGUGUGGACAGACGGUCUUCAGGUGCUGUUUGUGUUCCAAAGAGCAGCUUCUGUGUUGUACUACUACUUCUACAAGAGGACCGCGGAGUACCUGGGUGACCCUCGUCUCUACGAGGACUCACCGUGGCUGCGAGACGUCUUCGCUCAGGUCAGACAGUGACCACACGAUGCCACAGACGCCAGAACCAGAGCACGGAUGGAACAAUUUACACAACAUGUGGAAAGAUUUCUUUUAUUUGAAAACAUAUAAGGGCAAAAGUGAGCACCUCCAUACAUUUGUUUUUAAAGAUACAGAGAAUGUAUAGUUGAUGCUUAUGCAGUCAGUUUCAUUUAGGAAGCAAUAAUAUUGAAAGUAUUCUGGUCUAAAAAUGAAUUUCUUGAAGCGCAGGUGCCAAAAUCGGGCAGGAUUUUUCUUUAGAACAUUAAGGCCAGAACGUCUCGAGAGUCCUGUUUUGCUGUAUGAAGAUAAACGUGAAUGAAAAGAUUGUUCCUGUUACAUUUGUUAGAAUUCUGUUGGUAUUCUGUCACCACAUGCCCUUUGUUCUUUCCUUUUUAUAAUGCUAUGAAUUUUUUAAAAGACUAUUCUGCAUUUUAUUUAUUUGUAUUUGCAAUUGUUUGUGUGGAGCUUUGAGUUUGUGUUGCACUGUCAAUAUUGAACUUCAACUAUUGAGGCUUUGGCUUAGUCUUUGAUUUGCACUGUCUGGAAAACGGGAUUAUUUACGUGAA